AUGCUGAUCAUCCUAGUUUUCUCCUUCCUGGUGUCCACUGUCAUUGCCACAGAUAAAGGUAAAGUCGUUUGCUUGGUGUCCUUGUCAUAUAUUUGAGUACAGUGUGGAUUAUGACCUUUUGCUUUCAUUCAAAGUGUUGCAGCUGUUUUUAGACAUAAUUCUAGCACAUGGUGGUAAGACUAACAUGAACUCCAGCGCAGAUCUGGUUGUUGAUUUGUGGUUGAUAUUUUGAGGCCUUGAAUUUUGCGCUUUGGCAAGUACCAUUUUGACACAAUUCAACGACAGUUUUAAGUUUUACCCCAAGUUUAUGGAGAUGGAAUCACUGACUCUGGGGUCACCUUGAGUAAAUCUCAGAUUACUCUUAUUUGCGAAAUAUUUAAUCAAUUUCCGACAAAAUUCCCUUAAAAGAGAGACUGAUUAUUUAUUUCUUUUUUGAAGAAUAAUCUUUCUCCGGUUGUCUCUGUGGCACUUUUUCAGUUUCGAGUCUCAUUUUAUUUUCGAUUAGCUUGAGACGAGAAUUACUUGUCUUUCAUGACAAAUUGUGAAAACUUUGUCAAGAACAUAUGUCCUCUUUAACCUGGAUAGGUCUUCUUUUUGGGGGGCUGUCCAGCCUGUUCGGCCUUGUACAGCUUUGUCCAGGAGGAGUUUAUUAAAUCCAUGAAAUGUCCGGGUUUUUGUAUGGAAGUUUUGAGUUUGUGUCGUGUGGGCUCACUGCGUUAGAGACACGUAAAAAACACUCGAUCAGACCGGAAAUACUCUCAAAAUUAACUAUGUGCGACUCUGUGAUUCCGCCCCCGCGUAGUUUUGUCCUCUUUUUGGGGUUCCAGAAUAUGGUCACCCUGACUUACCUUUUAAUGAGUUGCUGUCAUGAUGAUAGUGUUUUGAUUAUUCCUAAAGUUUGGUGAGAGUACUUAUAUUGAUUAUCAGCCUUGGCGUUACCAUGUGUUAGCAUGCUAUCACAGCAGACCAGGAUCCUUCUUUCGCCUUCAUUUUCUGUAUGUUACAGUCAGCACUGUAAGGACAGCAGCAUGCCAAGUCAGCAUCUCGCCAACAGCUUUGGGUUUCUCAGUUUCUUAUUUUGUUUCCUUACAUUUUCAGACAGUGCCCUUCCCAGACUAAAUGACACCAAAGCUACGAAGGCCUUCAUCGACUCUGCAGAGGUGGUGGUCAUCGGAUUCCUCGAGGUUAGUGUAAAGAAGUCUUAACCACAGGCUCAAAUGAGCUUUCAGACAUCAUUCAAAACAAACCCGCAGGAGCUGCUUUAUGACUUAGUUUACAACCGUAACACGCGUACGGCAAACCAGACAUGAUCAAACAAAUUAGCUUAAAGUCAGACACCAAAAAGAGAGGGCUCCCGAAAUAGAUCUUUUGUUUGCGCCGUGUUAGUGAAGCUGCGGUCACAAAUAGAGUUCGAUGGAAGAAUGUAUUUCCGCUGGCCACACCUUUGGCAGUGCAGGCCUGUGAGGACAGAGGGUGGCUGGCUGUCCCAAGGAAGAUGGAGGGGUUUUUUUUAGAGGAAAUACAUAUCUAAAGACAUGUGGGAUUUGGCUUUAUCGGCCUGCAUUGUGAACAAGUGCAAAAAGACAGUUCAUGAGAGGAGAGCAGGGAAGAGAGGCAGAGAGCACAUGAGGAUAACUCAGAGCUGGAUGAAGAUGCUGAAGGCAAGGAGAGACCAAAAUAUUGUCUCUGUGACUCACUGGAAAUGAUCACAUAUUACAGGCUGCAAAAUAAUAAAAUACAGAGCCAGAGCUCAUGCAAUACCGUCUCAGAAAUAGUCGUGAUUCACCUUCCUUUGAGUCAUCCCCAGCUCUCUGCGUUUAUGUAACAUUACACUCCUGUUUUUCUCCUCCCCUCUGCGUCCAUACCUCUGCCCUGCAGUGUGUCUUUUUAUGCCAGACAUAUCAUACAUGGCUUCAUGGUUUCACCCAUGGCUUAAACAUGUAAUUUCAGGCUCUCUGGGGAAAGUUCAGAGUUAAAACAUAAGAAAUUAACUGAAUACUGGAAAAUGUUGAAAUGGUGCGUUGAUGUCUAGGUCAUAUAUUUUAACUUUAAGAUCUCGGUGCGCCUCUGUAAUUUGUUGUAUAAAAUAGAAAAACCUUGGGUUAAAAAAUUCAAUAAAGCACAAUUAUUCUUCUAGAAGCUGUAAAAGGCGUAUGAAAAACUAAAUGUUAAAAUAUUUUGAAAUGAAUAAUCCCGCAACAGCUCUGUCCUCCAGUACAUCACAGGGUAAUUCCUGUGUUUCCCUGCUGAUGCAGCUUGUAUAAGCAAAACAACAAAAGUAAUAUUUUUUAGAAAGAGGCAGAACAUGUCAUCAAACGUUGUUUCCUGACAAUAAUGAAAAAAGGUGAGAAGUGGAUAAAAUCUUCCUCUAUAACUCCCGGUCCCUCUGGUCUAUCAGGGAGAAGAGAGUCACGGUUUCAAGGAGCUCGUCGCAGCUGCAAAGCGAGUUGACUCAGUCCCUGUUGCCAUUUGCACAGUGAAGGAGGUGUGGGCCGACUACAGCCUCUCUUCAGACGCCAUUACCAUUUUCAGAAAGGUAUUCUUCACUUUUGCACUUACGUAUGUGAGUCAUAUUUUCAGAUUUGAUAGAUAUUGUCAUUUGUGUGAGAUGGUGUUAAUGUGUACUUUGUGACUCAGGCUGAUGAAGCCCAGGAAAAUCUUGUCCUUGCCGAGGCCAAAAAUUUAGACGCUGAUGGUCUUGUGAACUUCAUCACCAUCAAUGAAGUCCGAUACGUCACAGAAUAUAAUCAAGUGGUAGGUCCAACUUUUGUGUUUCCUUCUUUACAAAAAUGUACAUUUUUCAAAAGCAACUGCGGGUACCUAUCAUGUUUGGCAUCCCUUCUUUGAACAUGACAGCCCGGUACACGUGGAUUAUAAUGAUCAGUCGCAGAAAUCUGCUGUUUUCUGUCUCCUCAGACUGCAGUGGGCUUGUUCAACUCAAAGGUGAAGUCACAUCUCCUGCUCUUUGCCAACAGAGGUACAAAAGAAUUCAGUGAGCUCAAGAAGAAACUGCAAACUCUUGCACCCGAAUUCACAGGAAAGGUAAUCACCAAAAAUUACCAAGAGAUAUUUACACUUACGAGGUAAAUUUAUCGUAUCUACAGUAUAAGUAGCUUGAUGAGAUCCAAAAACUCCAUUUCAGUUCUUGUUUGUGGUCAUUAAUGGAGCUGUGAAGUCCAACUCUCGAUCUUUGAGCUACUUCGGUCUCAAGUCUCAGGGCCUCCCACGAGUUGGUAUCUAUGACGGAGACUCUGACAUGAAAUGGCUCCUUCCUGAGGGAGAGAUCUCUCCUGAACGAGUGCAAGAAUUCUGUCAGUCCUUCCUACGAGGGGAACUAAAGGUGAGCAGAAAUGACAGUUUUCCUGAACGAAGUCAAAGAGGAUUAUGACCAAUAGUCACUCACACCUUUCCUCUCUAAGAUUGAACUCUUUUUGUCCAUCUUGAAGAGUCUGUAUGGUUUAAAAAGAGGUGAACUUGAUGAAGGUAAAGGUUUAGAGUGUUUCAUUUUUUUUUGCUUUAUUAUUCUAAUAACUUUUUUGUGCUUUCCAGGAUGUGAAGCAGGCUGGUGCAGAACCUAAAACGGAGCUGUAA